UACGCAUGCGCACUAUCACUCAUCAUCAGCGGUCCCGGGGUGGUGACGUGUGCAACAUUCGCCCGGAUAGGAUAUUUAUUUUCCUGUGCGUUGUAUUUUCACACGCAAUUUUUUAAAAAAAAACGUUUCAUUUUAAACUCUUAGAGGACCGGUUUAAACGCAAAACGCCUUUUAAAACAGUGAAGAAAUUCUCAGCCUGAAUAAAACGAAGUCCAGGAGAUCAUGGCUUCGGUAGCGGUGUCUGAGCCGAGCCUGAGCCCGGUUUCCGAGGCGCUGGUGCCCGCUUGCAUGUUCGCUCCGGAGCCGGGAUGCGGAGAUGACCCGGCCGGCUCAGAGCACUGCGACGACGGCGAGACUUUGAACGGCAAGCUCGGGGAUCACUUGGACUUCACCAGCAAGCGGGCUCUCAUCAGCCCCAGCGGGAGCAGUUUGACUCGUUGCUCAAGCAGCUCAGAGAGAGGAUGGAGGAGGGCUGUGGGGAGACCAUCUACGUGGUGGGAGUCGGCUCAGACGGGGGUGACUACGGUCUGGAUGAAGUGGACAUGCAGGCCUCGGUGGCCACGGUCCUCUCCCUGUCGGAGCAGAUUGGCGCGGACAUGGUGCUGCUGCGGGACAGGCCCGAGGCGGGGGGGCGGGUGCGCGAUUACCUCGUCCGGAGGCGCGUGGGCGAGGCAGACUUCCUCGAGGUCCG